UUCCUUAGUUUAUUGAACUGAUCACACGCCUAAGUACGAAAAUUCGAAUUUCUUCCAUUUUCUCCGUCUUCUCACCUUCUCUACUCCAGUUGAAUAACUUCCCUCUUCAUCUUCCCCUCUCUCUCUCCUCUUUCUCACAAUUUACCGUUGCCGGAGCCUUUAAACCCUAGUAAUUUCAAGUCCCUUUUUUAACCACUGGAGUUGCUCUUACUUGACCUAGUAACCGCCCGACGUUUACCAUGAUCCACGCAAUGGAUAUCAUGGGUAGGCGGUCACUUGCCCGUUGAUGGCCAUGUGCAUCCUGGUCAAUAGCACAGGGCCACCGAAAAUAGGAGGGCCCAAUUUCGUAGCCCAAUAUACAUAUUAGAAAAAAAAAAAAAAAAAAGAACAAAAAGUUAACGCUGCUACAGAGUAAUUCAGUCAUUCAUCUCCCAAAUUAAUGCUUUCCUUUCCCAAGAACUUCAAUGCUGUUAUUUUCGAGGCUGGAUUUUCAAUUGCAAUUCCGGGCUCAUUUUUGCUUGAAGUUGAAUAGAAAGCAUAUACACUGAGUUACUGAUGGAGGACAAACCUAAUGAAACGGAAGAUGAUAAUGAGAAAAUAGAUGAGGAUGAUUGGAUUUAUGAGGAUGAUGGGAUUUACGAGGAAUCAUCUUCAGACGAUUUUAGUGAGGACGAGGAGGAUAGAGUGGUGGCAUUGGAAGAAAGUGGAUCACACCUUGAGGCCCCUCGGACAGAAGAAGAGAUACAAGAAUUGAUUGAUGAACUGCUUGAAGCAGAGAGUAAGGCAGCAGAGGCACAGGAAGCACUUGAAGACGAGUCUUUGAAGAAGGUUGAGCAGGAAGUGAGAGUAGAGUUGGCUGAAAAUCUACAAGGCGAUGAUUUGGAGAAGUCUGUGGCAGAGGAAAUGACAACAUUUAGAGAAGGGUGGGAGGCAACGCUUGACGAGCUCGAGACAGAGAGUGCUCACUUACUGGAGCAACUGGAUGGUGCUGGCAUAGAUCUACCAAGCAUCUAUAAGCAGAUUGAGAGAAAUGCUCCAAAUGGUUGCUGUACUGAAGCUUGGAAAAAAAGGACACAUUGGGCAGGAACUGAGGCUGCCAGUGAUGCUGUAGAAUCCAUAAAGGAUGCUGAAAAGCAUCUUCAGAACCUUAGACCCGUAAAGAGACGACUUGGUAAAACUCAGGAGGAGGGUGCUAGUGGAUAUCUCGCGAAAAAAAUGCGUGUUAAUGGUAGUUGUGGGAGUAUAACUGAAAACACUGGAGUGGAAUGGAGCUCCUUUAACAAAUUAUUUUCCGAUCAUGCAUCCAAGGAGGACAGUGCAUUUGGUAGCGAGCGGUGGGCUUCAGUAUACUUGGCGAGUACUCCUCAGCAAGCUGCAGCUAUGGGGCUUAAAUUUCCCGGGGUGGAUGAGGUUGAGGAGAUUGAUGACAUUGAUGAUCCAAACGAUCCAUUUAUUGCUGAUGCUAUAGCAAAUGAACAGGAAUUGGAUCUUUCGGAGGAGCAAAGAAAAAAUUACAAAAAGGUCAAAGAGGAAGAUGAUUUGAUUUAUGAUCAAAAGCUUCAACUUCACCUGAAUCGUCGGAGACGUAGAAAAAGGAAUAGACAGAACUCCAACCAUGCUGAAGGUGUAUUGAGUGAUAUUGAGGAGGAAAUGUGCCAAGAUCCAAAAGUUGCAGAGUCUGCUAGUUGUGAACCUUCUUGUGGUUCCAAACGUUUGUGUGAUGAUGAGAUGCUGGAUCAUGAAUCUAAGAGAAGCCGGACUGGUAUUCUGGAGAGUGAUAACACGGCUCACACUUCGAACAGUGAUUCUGUUGUUUUCCGCACGGAAAAUGACACUGUACUAGAAGAAGAUCAAGAAAUUGGUGAGGCCUCUACGAAGGUCUACUGCACUGCCUGCGGUAAUGUGACAAAGGAAGUACAUGAGCAUCCUCUCCUGAAAGUAAUUGUUUGUGGGCAGUGCAAAUCUGUUACUGAGGCAAAAAUAAGGGAUCUCCGGUGCUCGGAGCGCUAUUGUCGGUGGUGUGGAAGCAGUAAUGAUUUAUUAAGUUGUACAUUGUGUGAACUUUUGUUUUGUUUAUCAUGUAUUAAGAGGAAUAUCAGAGUAGAAUACUUGCCAGAGGGUACGUGGAAAUGUUGUUCCUGUUCUCCAGAUCUCCUGCAGCAGUUAACUUUGGAACUUGAGAAAGCUGUUGGCUCUCCAGAGUCAACAGUUUCUAGUUCUGAUAGCGAUACAGAUAAUUCAGAUGAUGAGAUAGGUGACUCUAUCAGCUCAAAAAAGUCCGGAAAAAAGAAAAUUCGAAGGAUUCUGGAUGAUACUGAGCUAGGAGAAGAAACAAAGAGGAAAAUUGCGAUGGAAAAGGAACGUCAGGAACGGCUCAAGUCUCUCAAAGCGCAGUUCACAGCCAUACCAAUGAUGAUGGACACUUCCACCUGUAAUGAAACUUUACCUGAAGGUGCUAGCUCUGAAGUUCUUGGUGAUGCAUCAUCUGGUUUUAUUGUGAAUGUUGUGAGGGAGGAAGGUGAGGAUUCUGUCAGGAUUCCUCCAAGUAUCUCUGCCAAGUUAAAAACACACCAGGUUGCAGGAAUUCGUUUUAUGUGGGAAAACAUCAUCCAGUCGAUAAGAAAUGUUAAGGCUGGGGAUAAAGGCCUGGGUUGCAUCUUAGCCCAUACCAUGGGUCUUGGUAAAACUUUCCAGGUCAUAGCCUUCUUGUACACUGCAAUGAGAAGUGUUGAGUUAGGUCUAAAAACAGCACUGAUUGUUACACCAGUGAAUGUGCUGCACAAUUGGCGGCAGGAGUUCAUAAAGUGGGAGCCCAAAGAAUCCAAGCCUCUUCGUGUUUACAUGCUGGAAGAUAAAUCAAGGGAACAACAGAGAGCUGAGUUACUAACGAAAUGGAGAAGAAAGGGUGGGGUAUUCUUGAUUGGUUAUUCAUCGUUUAGAAAUCUAUCCCUUGGAAAGAACGUGAAAGAUCGUAAAUCAGCCAAUUUAAUCUGCAACGCCCUUCAGGAGGGGCCUGAUAUACUUGUUUGUGAUGAGGCUCAUAUUAUCAAGAACACCAAGGCAGAAAUCACUCAAGCUUUAAAACUAGUUAAAUGCCAGAGAAGGAUUGCUUUGACAGGGUCCCCUCUUCAGAAUAACCUUAUGGAAUAUUACUGUAUGGUUGAUUUUGUGAGAGAAGGAUUUCUUGGAAGCAUGCAUGAAUUUCGCAAUCGUUUCCAGAAUCCUAUAGAGUACGGACAGCAUGCAAAUUCCACUGCUGAAGAUGUGAGAAUCAUGAAUGAGAGAUCACACAUUCUAUAUGAGCAACUGAAAGGGUUUGUGCAAAGAGUGGACAUGAGUGUGGUGAAAAAAGACUUGCCCCCUAAGACUGUGUUUGUCGUAGCUGUGAAGUCUUCUUCAUUACAGAGGGAAUUAUACAAAAGGUUUCUUGAUGUUCAUGGAUUGACUGGUCAGAAAGCUACUUCAGAAGGAAUCAGAAGGAAUUUUUUUGCUGCAUACCAAACCUUAGCCCAGAUAUGUAAUCAUCCCUGGAUUCUGCAAAUGAUGAAAGACAGAGGAUGCACGAAACGAGAAGAAAGUCCAGAUGAUGGCUCAAGUGAUGAAAACAUGGAUUCCAAUUUGGUGAUAGGAGAAAAACCGAAGACGAAGGUUGAUAAAGGUUUCCUUCGCGAGGACUGGUGGAAUAAUCUUCUUGAUCGGAAUACUCACCAAGAGAUCGAGUAUAGUGGGAAAAUGGUUUUGUUGCUGGAUAUUCUGACCGCAUGCACUGAAGUAGGCGAUAAAGCAUUGGUUUUUAGCCAGAGCAUAGCAGCUCUUGAUCUGAUUGAAUCCUAUCUAUCAAAAUUGCCUCGGGGUAGGAAGGGAAAACUCUGGAAACGAGGAAAGGACUGGUAUAGAAUUGAUGGAAAGACAGAAGGUUCUGAAAGACAGAGGCUUGUUGAUGCAUUUAACAAUCCCCAGAAUGAAAGAGUGAAAUGCACUCUUAUAUCAACAAGAGCUGGAGCUUUGGGGAUUAAUCUUUUUGCUGCUAACCGUGUAAUCAUUGUCGAUGGUUCCUGGAAUCCUACACAUGAUCUUCAGGCUAUAUACAGGGCUUGGAGGUACGGCCAAAAAAAGCCGGUAUAUGCUUAUCGGUUGGUGGCACAUGGAACAUUGGAAGAAAAGAUCUACAAACGUCAGGUGAAAAAGGAGGGCCUGGCCGCAAGAGUGGUCGAUAGACAACAAGUCCUGAGGAGUAUGUCAAGAGAAGAGAUUUCAGAUCUCUUUGACUUCGAUGAUGAUGAGAACAUUGAUAAGUUGCCUGGUUUGGUAGAGAAUAGUGGGCGUAUGGCUGACACUUCCUGCAGAAAGUCCGAGGAUUCGUUGAAACUGAAUUCUUCUGAUUGUCCUACAAGCUGCUCUUCUGACAAGUUGAUGGGAAAGUUACUUGAUCGACAUCGCCUAAGAUGGAUAAUGAACUUCCACGAGCAUGAGACACUGUUGCAGGAGAACGAAGAGGAGAAGCUUACAAAAGAAGAACAAGAUUUAGCGUGGGAAGUAUUCAGAAGAAGUAUGGAGUGCAAAGAAGCGCAAAAAGCUCCAGUUGACAUUCAGUGGCAGGAAGUGAGUAGAGUUCCGGUAGACAUGUCAUCAUUCGAGCAAAAACAUAGUAGUAGCUUAAACAUGUCAUGCAGUAUACAAAAGAAACGCAGUAUUCCCAAUCCGUUGGCCAAUAUUCCAACAAGGUACAGUAUGCAGGUACGGAAAUGCACCAACAUAUCUCAUUUACAGACUUUAAGGUUUCAAGGAACGAAAGUGGGUUGCAGUACUGUUUGUGGGGAGUGUGGACAAGAUAUAAGUUGGGAGAAUGUUAAUAGAGAUAGCAAGUGAAAAGGUUAUAGUGGUAAAAGGGUCUUGUUAGGGCGUCUCUCUGCCCAUUUUGCUUAUAUAGCAUGAUCCUUGUAAGUAGAUGAGUAUUUUUUGUAUAGGAGUAUCUUGCUAGUUAUGGCGAUUCUCUUCUCCUCCUUCCCUUAGAUAUCGGUAGGCUUUAACCCCUGAUCCUGCAUUGUAUAAGGAUCAAAGAGUAACAACUUACAAUGUAUAGCAAAGUAGCAAACAAUGGUCAGCCAUUUUUUGGGAUCACAAUAUGAUAUGAAAAGCAGCAUUUUUUUUUUUUGAA